CCCCAGACCUGCAGCAGCACUCAAAAGCACGCCAGACCAUGGCACCCAGAAGAGCCCGGAAGAGAGUAGAAGGCACAGCCAGCUCCAAUGUCUUCUCGAUGUUUGACCAGUCCCAGAUUCAGGAGUUUAAAGAGGCCUUCACUAUCAUGGACCAGAACCGUGAUGGCUUCAUUGACAAGGAGGACCUGAGGGACACCUUUGCUGCACUGGGUCGCAUAAACGUCAAGAACGAGGAGUUGGAAGCCAUGGUGAAGGAAGCUCCUGGGCCCAUCAACUUCACAGUCUUCCUGACCAUGUUUGGGGAGAAACUCAAGGGCACGGAUCCAGAAGAGACCAUACUACAUGCCUUCAAAGUAUUUGAUACUGAAGGAAAAGGCUUCGUCAAGGCUGACUUCAUUAAGGAAAAGCUUAUGACCCAGGCUGACCGGUUCAGUGAGGAGGAGGUCAAGCAGAUGUUUGCGGCCUUCCCGCCAGACGUCUGUGGCAACUUAGACUACAGGAAUCUGUGCUACGUUAUCACACACGGCGAGGAGAAGGACUAGAAGAUGUCACCCCUCCAUACCUGGAUCAGCCAAGACGGGGUGGGGGGGGCGUGCAGGGCUAGCAUAGGGAGGGGAAGCAGUCUCCACCUCCCCCUGGAGUCCGGGGCUGAAGCGGGAAUAAAUAACAGAGAUGUGCGUCCGGG